CUCAAAUGCCCUCUCAGACGAGGGAUUCUCAUCGCUUCAAACGUCCCUCUUUCCCAUCAGAAUCUCGCCUAGUCUCUGGUCCAGCAUCCCCGUCUCCAUGCUUUCGGAGGCAUUUUGAAUUUCCUUGGCAACAUGGAGCUGCCUGAAUUAGAAUUCUCUGCAUGACAGUCCUGGUAAGCAGUAGGAUGGUGUUUGGGGAUACUGGAGGGCACAGCUACUUGGUGGCAUGCUGGCAGCCCAUCCUGAUCCUGAUGCUGGGCACCGUCCUCUCCGGAUCCACCACCGGCUGCCCCUCCCGAUGCGACUGUAACGCUCAGGAGCGUUCAGUCGUGUGCCAUCGACGGAGACUGGCAGCCCUUCCAGAGGGCAUACCGACCGAAACGAGGCUAUUAGACCUCAGCAAGAACCGGCUCAAGACUCUGGGCACUGAGGAGUUUAUUAAUUACCCUCAGCUGGAGGAGCUGCAACUUAAUGAAAACACUAUUUCAUCCAUUGAACCCGGGGCUUUCGGCAACCUGAUGAACCUUCGAAUCCUCGGUUUGCGCAACAACCACCUAAAGCUGAUUCAGCUCGGGGUAUUCACAGGUCUGACCAACCUCACACAGCUGGAUAUAAGUGAGAACAAAAUUGUCAUUCUGCUUGACUAUAUGUUCCAGGAGCUAUAUAACCUGAGGGCUCUGGAGGUUGGGGACAAUGACCUAGUAUUUAUCUCACCACGAUCGUUUCAUGGCCUCAGCAACCUUGAAAGCCUCAACAUUGAGGGAUGCAAUCUGGCCUCAGUGCCCACCGAUGCCCUCAGCCAUCUGCAUAACCUGUUGUCACUUCGAUUACGCUAUCUCAAUGUAACUGUCAUAAGGGAUUACUCCUUUAAGAGGCUGUAUCGGCUCAGAGUGCUGGAGAUUUCUCAUAUGCCUGCACUGGAUGCCAUGACCUCAAAAUGCUUGUUUGGACUCAACCUCACCUCGUUGUCAGUCACAAACUGCAAUCUCACCUCCAUCCCCUACCAAGCCAUAAGUCACCUAAGACAUCUUCGUUUUCUGAAUCUAUCGUUCAAUCCAAUCCAUACCGUUGAAGGAAACCAACUGUACAAUCUACAAAAGCUCCAGGCUUUCCAUCUGGCUGGGGGAAGAUUAACUGCCAUCGAGCCCUACUCUUUCCGAGGGCUCAACCACCUCCGUGUUCUCAACGUUUCCAGCAACGGCCUGUGCACCCUGGAGGAGUCCGUGUUCCACUCGGUGGGCAAUCUGGAGACCCUGGCUCUGUAUGACAACCCACUGGCCUGUGACUGCCGCUUGCUCUGGGUCUUCCGUCGGCGCUGGAGGCUCAACUUCAACCGACAGCAGCCGAUGUGUGCUUCACCUGAAGUCGUGCGAGGAAAAGAGUUCAAGGACUUCCCAGACAUCCUCCCGUCUGACUACUUCAUCUGUCAGAAAUCAAAGAUUGUGGAUUACAAGGUUCAGGAGAGCCAUGUAGAUGAAGGAACUACGGUUCACUUUGCUUGCCAAGCUGAGGGGGAUCCAGUCCCUGUGAUAAUGUGGCUUUCUCCUAAAAAGGAAUACAUUACCACUAAAACCGUUGGGUCAAGACUCUCGGUGUCUACUGAGGGCACACUGGAGGUGCGUUACUCCCAAAUCCAGGACAAUGGCACCUACAUGUGCAUUGCAAGCAAUGCAGCCGGCAAUGACACCAAAGUUGCCCACCUUUUUGUGCAUAGUUACUCCCCUAAUUGGCCCCACCAGCCAAACAAGACAUUUGCCUUCAUUUCCAACCAGCCCAGCGAUGAAGGUACUAACGUGACCCGGUCCUCGGUUCCAUUUCCAUUCGAUGUAAAGACUCUUAUCAUCGCAACCACCAUGGGAUUUAUCUCUUUCCUUGGAGUUGUCCUGUUCUGUAUUGUAAUAUUGUUCCUCUGGAGUAGAGGGAAAGACAACACAAAGUCAAGUAUAGAGGUCGAAUAUGUACCACGUAAAGAGGAAACUGAGGAGGCCAGUCCAACUGAGCCCCCCAUACAAUUCAACAUGAAGAUCAUGUGAACCUGACAGAGAGGCCAUGUAAGCUUUCAAACUGCAGUCAGGAUGCAUACUAUCCUCGCUUCAAAUAUGUACUCAGUUAAUGAGCGAUAGAAAUUGCACAGCAGCAAACCACAUCUCGACACUAUACCAACACAUUUUUUUACUUCAGGGACUGAAUCUUUAAAAAAACAAUUGUUGAAUUUCAAAUAAUCAAAUUUCUGUAAAUUUGUAUUGGCAUUUCUCAAUCAGUAUGUUGACAUGCACUUGUGAACCCAAUUGCUGCGUGGAACCAAAUUGUGGUAGGCGGAUGAUUAAAUCUUGGGACCUUUAACCUUUGUGAGCUGAUAAAAAAAAAAAAUGCAAUGGAGAGCGAGAGGGAUUGACAUGCAACAAAGGGCCUGGCUGGAAUUAACACCCCCCUGCGACCUUGAUAAGUACUUAUCCGAAAGUAUGCACUCUUCCAGGUGAGCAGCCAAGGGGCCCAAAUUAAAGUAUUAAUCUGAAAAGCACAUUAAUUACACAAAAUGAUUCCCCAAAUAAGUUUACAUGAUGGUGGGUUACUCUCUGGAAGGAUGAGGAGAUUAGCUCUCAAGUAUAAUCCUUCCCUCAGCACAAAUGAGAGAUAGAGGUUGUUAUUAGGGUCUUUAUGGUGUUUGUGUUUGUUUGCUUUGAUUGAUGUACAAAGCACAAUAACCCAUUAGUACCCCGGCUGUGUUACUUGAAAUGAUACAGGGAAAAGAGUGGAUCUGUUGUCUUUAAUCCCAUCAAGAAACUGACAAGUGUGACAUCUGAGGAGAGAGCGUUUCAGACAUGAACUUACAGCUGUUUCAGACUGGGUGCGUUGCAAUUCGACAAUGAUUUUUCAGAGACAAUUCUAAUAGUCAGGGUUCCUGCAGAUCUUUGGACAUUCAUAAAUAGUCUUAAAUUGCACAUUUGAAAUAUAAGGCCUUAAAGAUUCCUAAAAAGUCACUUUUUUUGUUUUACCAAUGAGAGGUCUUUAACCCUCUGGUACCCCUUGUGCCAAAAAUACAAUACAAUACAAUACAAUAACUUUAUUUAUCCCUGCAGAGAAAUUCAAUCGUCUGGAGUCUAAUUGCUGAUGGAAUGAAAGAU